GAAUCACCAUUGAAAGUCAAACGCGCCGAGGUACUGUAGCUGUCUUGGAGCCAUCCCUCCUCCUCCUUUCUUGAUCUGCCCGAUGGUUCAUUCAUCUUGCCGGAGAUUGGUCAGAAUCUCUGAGUUAUGAGCGAAAAAGUGACUCUUUCUCUCUCUUCACCUCGAACGUUUACCGUCUUUGACAUGCCCCGUUUGUGAUUCUUUACUGGUUCUUCGUUCCUGCAUCCUCGGAUGAUGUCGAGAGCAAGAAGCAGCUUCCUUUGCUAUCAGUAAAUCCGUGACGGAACACUAGCAGGGUUGCUGUAUAGAGCUCAGUGGAUUUGUUGAAGCAGUAAUAUCUCGAUCCCGGAUUCGGGUUUAGCUCCGUUUCUUGCCCCCGCAGAGAGCUUGAGGUUCUUGGGAUAGUAGAACUUGUUUGCUCCUAAAGAGGUUGUCUUGGGGAAGCAGUGUUUGGGAUGGUGGAGAAGGAAAGUGGAAAACCCGAACCCUCCGCCGAGGAGGAGGAGGAGGAGGAUGCCAUGUCUAUGGAGGAAACGGGGCCUCCCAAAGGAGGAAGGCUCGGUCAGCUCUUCUCGGCCCCAAUUCUCUGGCUCAGAAUGCUGUCGGAUGAGAUGCACUGGAGCUUCGUACUGGGUGUGGUGUUUGUUUACGGCAUUAAUCAGGGGCUAGGCGGGGCUCUCGCGAAGGUCGGGACGGAGUACUACAUGAAGGACGUUCAGAAGGUGCAGCCUUCGGAGGCGCAGAUUUAUUCGGGAAUUACUUCGAUCCCUUGGAUUAUUAAGCCCAUCUGGGGACUUCUCACGGAUGUAGUCCCUAUCUCCGGGUAUAGGAGGCGGCCAUAUUUCAUUCUUGCAGGUUCUCUCGGGGUGCUCUCGAUGCUUCUCUUGUCACACUAUAAGGUCCACCUUGUACUUGCCCUGGCUCUUUUAACAGCAGGAAGUACUGGAGUUGCAAUAGCAGAUGUAACCAUAGAUGCAUGUGUUGCACAGAAUAGCAUUGCUCACCCUUCUCUCGCCGCUGAUAUGCAAAGCCUGUGUGCUUUAAGUUCGUCAGUCGGAGCGCUUGUCGGGUUCUUCAUCAGUGGAAUACUGGUUCACCUAAUUGGUCCCAUGGGCGUAUACGGUUUUCUGGUUAUCCCAUAUUUGCUGGUGCUUUCAGUGGGAAUCACGCUGAAUGAACCUCACGUGGGCAACUUUGAUUACCAGCAGAUAAACAGGAACUUUCUCGAUGCCGGAAAAGCCAUGCUGACAACACUCAAGUGCCCAAGCGUGUGGAGGCCCUGUAUAUAUAUGUACUCUUCCCUUGCUCUAAGCCUGAACAUCUUUGAAGGCAUGUUCUACUGGUACACAGAUGCGAAAGGAGGCCCGAAUUUCUCUCAGGAGACGGUGGGCUACCUAUUUUCAAUCGGUUCGAUCGGCGCCCUCCUGGGAGCGUUACUCUACCAACAUUCCCUCAAAGACCACCCCUUCCGAGACCUCCUCCUAUGGACCCAGCUCUUCUAUGGAGUGUUGGGGAUGCUAGACCUAAUCCUUGUCGUGCGCAUAAACACAAAGUUCGGCAUACCAGACCAAUACUUUGCUGUGAUCGAUGAAUGUGUAUCCCAGAUGAUUGGGAGGCUAAAGUGGAUGCCUUUACUCGUUCUUAGCUCAAAGCUUUGUCCCCCCGGGAUCGAGGGCACGUUCUUCGCCCUCCUGAUGUCGAUUGAUAAUAUGGGCCUGCUCUCAUCAUCAUGGGGAGGGGGCCUACUGCUGCACAUAUUAGGCGUCACGAGGACAAGAUUCACUAAUUUGUGGUUGGCCAUUUUGGUACGUAACCUGUUGAGGGUAUCCCCUCUGUGCCUGCUGUUCUUGGUGCCCCGGGCUGAUCCUAGCUCGUCCAUUCUCCCGGAUGGAAUGCUGAGUGCGAGCGAGGAGACUGGAGAUGGGAAACUCGAGGCUGAGGAGAACAUUGAGUUGGUUUCCCUUGUUAGCCGUGUCGAUAGAAGCUAGUUAACAGGAAAAAAAGAAAAGAAAAAGACCAUAUCAAUACAGCCAUCUUUCCUGCCACCGGAGUAAUUAGAUUGCCCCAGAAUUUGAAGAAGGGCAAGAGAUUGUGUUCUUCAUCAUGUUCGUCAUGUUUUUUCCUUUUGCUGUAUCUCCAAUUCAAUGUUAUACACGUAUGCACAUGUUUUUUGGAUCAAGUGAGGAACGGCAAAAAAGGGGGGAAAAAUAGUGUUGCUAAUGUCCAAGUUCUAUAUGUAUCUGCAUGGGUCUCCAUCCAAUGUCUUUAGAAAAUUCUCGUUACAGGUAGUGAUGCAGUUAACAUAUCUUAGCUGCAAUUUAGGAAUUUGAAACUCACCGUAAGUAUCCCGUGAUUAGGGCAAAUUUAAG